CAGAUGAUAAUUCUGAACGCAGCCCAGUUGGUCACAGCACGUGGACAUAUUCGAAUACAUAUAACGCUUUCGAUUAUCUAUUGAUAUCUUAAAAAAAGUUUAUUUCAUUAAACCAGCUGUGACUCUAAUUUUUUGUACGACAAUGAGUGCGAACUGUGUAUUUUGUAGAGAAAAAUCAUGUGAGAAAGUGAUUAAAUUUACGUCGGAAACUAAACAAAAAUGCAAGACGGUUUUGCAGUAUCGUCGAAGUAAACCGGUUCGAAGGAAAUCACGUAGUAACUACGAUGAUCUCGAAUUCUCAGAUGAUAUGUCAUUAAACGACGGCUAUCACGCGCAGUGCUAUAAAUGGUUUACAGCGAUCAAAAUACCGUCUGAAUCUCAAAAGCAACAGGAAUGUGCAGCGGAAUGUGCUAAUGUACCUGAAGUUUCUGGAGAAGAUUCCGAAUUGAAUGUUCCUUUUUCUUUCACGACAAUUCAGGUUGCUGAUACAUUAACGGACGAAGCGGGAGGAUCCAACAACUGCGACCGUGACUUCGAUGAUUCUGAUGAUGAGGUUCGCGCACAUGAGCCUGUCAGUAAUGACGAUUUAUCAGAAGUAAAGUGCUUCAUAUGCGAAAGAUCACGUAAGAAACGUCACGGUCGUGAAGUUCCAUUGGUAGUCAACAGAUUUCGAAUUAUCGAUCUCUUAAAAAGUGCAGCUACCAAACACAAUGACGUAGAAAUGUUAGAAAAAAUCAGUUCCUUCUCUGCUGAUUCUAACAUUCCUUACCAUAAAUGUUGUAAAGAUCAGUACUUGCGAGACAUUUCGAAAGGAGAUGUCAGUGACUUUGUUAAAAAGAAGAGGGCAUCAAACAUCGCUUAUGUCAUGCUAUGCGAGAUGUUAGAGGAAUACGUGGUCAAAAACAAAGAAUGCCUGUUUUUUGAUUAUGUCAAGAAAGAAUAUCAGAAAUUACUCAUUGAACAAUGCAAGCUAUUGUCUGAAUCCAUCAGCAGCACUUCAUUUUCAGAUCGGCAUUUGCAAAGAAAGUUAAUGGAAACUUUUCACAAGAGGAUCAAGAUUAUUUUUGCUGAGAAGAAACAGUUUCUUGUUCCAUUUUCCGUCCACAUUCUUACUUAUAGUGAUUCGUUUAAAACCAUGGCAUUGAAAGAAAAUAUACGUUCAGUGGCGGCAAAACUCCGAGAAGAAAUUUUGAACUCUACCACCACAAAAUUGCCUGAUGAUUGCACUGCUGAAGACUUGAUAAGAGGAGAGUGCGAUAAUGUGCCAGAACUUUUAACGUGCUUCUUGGAAACAUUACUUUGGGGUGAUGUUUCUGAUCACUUAUCAAGAAAAGCACGUGAAAAUAAGAGAAAAAAUAACGAUCUUGCAAUUUUUUCUCUCGGACAAGAUCUGAUAUACGCUACUUCCAGCCACAAAAUCAAAACUUCUAAGCAUAUUACUUUGGGUCUGGCAGUAAAGAGCUUGUGUAACAGCAAAAAAAUAAUCAAUUUACUAUCCAAAUAUGGACACUGCUGCUCUUAUACUAUUCUGGAAGAGUUAGAGACUGAAUUGACGUUUUCAACGGCAAACAGUUCCUACGUGUGUCCUGAGGAUAUUUUGCGUCGCCCGGAUUUGAAUACUGCAGUAGCUUUUGAUAAUUUCGAUCGCUUUGUUGAAACUCUGAAUGGUAAAGACACUCUUCACGACACGAUGGGGAUAAUUUAUCAAGACGUUCGGAAUGAAGAUACGAUGCCUGUCGUACCUCCAACUGCCAGUGACAUUGAAAAUUCAACUCCCAAUGAGAGUACACAUGAUAAUAUUUCUGAAUGUACGACCACAGUGCAGAGAAAGCGAAAACGCCGAACCUUCGAUGAAAUUACUUUCGACAUGCGCCCAUAUGCAAAAAAAUUAAAAAUUGGAACCUGGAAUCAACUGGACAUCUCCGCACUCAAUGAAGCUCCAGAAAAUGUGAUUAUGUCGAAACAAUUAUAUAUUAUGUGGAUGUUGUCGCAUGUGUAUAGAAUACCACAUGUUCCAAUGUGGGUGGGAUAUCAUAGCAAAAUUUUCAUUGACAAUUCAUCCGUCCAAAAUGUGUCUCAUCUUACACCAAUAAACGACUCUCCCACUAAUCAUUCUACAGUUUUGCAAACUCUAGAAUUGAGUCAAGACAUCGCAAGAGAAUGUGAAGCUCCAUUCAUCCAAGUCACUUACGAUUUAGCUAUUGCUCGGACAAGUUAUUGCAUUCAAGCUCAAGAAUCUCCUAAAUUCGACAACAUUUUCAUUCAUAUGGGGGCCUUCCACAUUGAGAUGGCUUUUUUCAAAGCAGUUGGCACCUUCAUAGAAGAAUGUGGACUAACCCAUAUUAUGACCGAAUGUAACUUGAUUGCUAAUGGUUCAGUUGCAGGUUUUAUUGCUGGAAAAAAUUAUAGUAGGUGUAAACGAUUACACUCCUUAAUGGCAUUAACACUGCAGCAAUUGCAUUUCGAGUCAUUUUUGGAAAAGAAACAUUUUACAGUCCAAGAAUCAGUAAUAGAAUGUCUCACCACAUUCAUGCAGCAUAAAGAUAUCUCUCCACAAGUACAGCAUACAGAAACGCAACAUCUAAUUCAAUCUUAUGAGCAAUAUACAGCGGACACUUUGGAAGGCAAGCACGGAAAAACGGCGCAAUUUUACGCUAUGUACAUCGAUUUCAUAAAUCUGUAUCAGUUAUUUAUUAAAAGUAUCAGAGUCGGAGAUUCAGAUUUAUACUUUUAUGCACUUGGGAAAAUCGUGUGUUUAUUUUUCUAUUACAAUCAGCAAAACUACAGUCGAUGGCUAGUGUACUAUAUCAAUCAACUACAACAUGUAGAUAACACACAUCCGGGCCUUCGAGCCGAAAUAGCUAAAGGCUCGUUUGGUAUCAGAAGAACCGUUGAACCUUUCUCGCGGAUCCCGGUAGAUUUAACGUUGGAACAGACGAUCAACGGUGAAGCAGCACGUCGACUCACUGGAAUCGUUAAUCUAACAAACUCCAUCUCUGCUAGACAACGUUGGGCACGAAAUCAUGGGGCUCGAACUCGAAUAAUUUCACAUGUUUUAACUCGUACAGGACUUAAUAACAGUCAUCAAGACAUCGCCGCUGACCUACAUCCAGAUCGAAUGAAAAAACAUCAUAAACAAAUUGAAGCUUUCUUGCAUAGUAUCCAACAGACCAUCAACCCAUUCUCUCCUUCAAUAGAUAAAAAUCAACUGUACAAUAUUUCAACUGGACAGGCUACCACUCCGGAAGUAGCAAAUAGCUUGUUGAAUGCAGUGUCAUCCGGAACAUUCUUGCGAGAUCAGUUCAUAACGGAAUGUAACAUAAAUUCAGAGAGAUUUCACAAAUCAUUGAAAAAAAAUCAGGUACUGACUUUUGCAAGUUUGAAGAAGAAGAAGAAGACAAUGAAAAUCGGACAAAAAGUACAUGAAGUCAAAUUACAGCGUGAUUUAUUCGGUCGGUUAUUAGCUCUAUCAUUAGACACGAAAGUAGAUGUUGAAAAAGUACUCUGUUUUCCAAUAACUCCAGUUCCGCUAUCACUCUGCCAUAUAGAUGGUUCCAUUAAUAAGACUGUUAAGUCCGUACUGGUUCAAGAGUUGGAAAAAAAACUCGAAGAAGUGGAACAACCGCCACACCAGCUAGAUUUUGUGAUUGUAGAUGGCUUCUUUUUUUUACAUACUUUCAAACAAAUGCCGCGCAGUUUUGGAGAUCUGUCAAAGAAGAUUUUGCAAUGUCUUGUCAAUAAUUCAGCAAGUCGAGUAGCCAUUGUAUUUGAUCGCUACUUCACACCUUCGAUCAAAGAUUGUGAGCAUACUCUUCGAGGUAAUGUGGAUGACAAAGAUUUCUACAUCUCCGGUCCUCAACAAACGAGAACAGCAGUCUUUGCAAAAGAUUUGAAAAAUAUCAAGUUCAAAGAAGCUCUUGUGAAGUUUCUUAUCGAUCAUUGGGCUGAUCAGGAGAUGGCUACGAUUAUUGGUAACAAAACAAUAUAUCUGAGUCACGAUUUGUGUUACGUAUAUUCUGUUACCGAUAAUAAAGUAACGCGAAACAUCGAUCAUGAACUGUCAUGUCCUGAUCAUGAAGAAGCGGAUACAAAAAUAGUAUUUUUGGUAUGUCAAAUAAGAGAAGACUCUACUAUUACAAUCAGAACCUCUGAUACAGAUAUUGUUGUUAUCAUGUUGGCCAAUAUGGAACAUCUUGAAGCAUCUGUGAAAAUUUGGAUGGAUCUUGGAGUAGGUAAUGCACGCCGAUAUAUUGACGUUUCCACUCUUUCUCAGAAGCUAGGACCACUACUUUCACAAGCGCUACCAGCACUUCAUGCGCUAACGGGAUGUGAUUACAAUCCAGCUUUUUAUAGACGAGGGAAGAAAAAACCUUUAGAUAUUGUAAUGAACUGUCCAAUUUUUCAAAAGGCAUUUGCAGACUUGGGAUCGGAAGAUUAUAACAUUGAUGAAUCCUUUAACACCAUCGAACGUUUUAUCUGCCAUUUGUAUGGUUUAAAAAAAAUAGAUGAUGUCAACCGAGCUAGGAUUGCAAUCUUCUACAAGACGUAUACAGUAUCAGACACAUCACAGCCCUUCUCGUUGAACGUGCGUAAUUACGAUGCAUGCAACUUACCACCUUGCCAAUCGGAGUUACGCCAGCAUGUACUACGAACGAGAUAUAUUGCGUCCUUGUGGAGGAGUGCACACACUCGAAUGCUGAAUGACAUGUCGCCAACAGAUUUCGGUUGGACAAAUGUCAAUGGAAAAUUGGAGAUGUCUUGGUUCAUUGGUAAUCAACUACCACAAGCUUACGAAGAUGUUGUAAUAACACCUGAUGUUUUAGGGGAGACUCCAGAUUCAGAUACGCAAGAUGUAAACGACAAGGACGAAAUCGAAUCAAUCUUUGAAUAUGAAGAUGAUGAAUUUACCACUGACGAUGAAGACUAAGGGACUUCUACGUUACUUAUGUAUCGGUUAUUUUAACUUGUUCUUAAUGUAUAUGGUUUCAACCACAAAUAUGAGAACAGUGUAUAUAAUUUGUAUAUACAUGCAUCUUCCCAGAAUUUCCUACACGGAAAAAAUGAAAUUGUUGAAUCUACCAUCUAAAUAGUAAGAUAUGCACCAACGAACGUUUUUUAGUUGGUUUUACUAUUAACAUAGUAAGCUGCACUAUCUACUUUGUUGAAGCUACUAUUUGGAUAAUAAAAUCAACUACAAAAGUUCGUUGGAACAUUAUCUUAUUAUUUGAAUAGUAGAUUCAAGCAUUUCAUUUUUUCCGUGUGGCUCUGCAUUUUUUG